UUCGUUGACCGUUGAUCGAUCGGAGGAAGCUCGGCCGGGUCUGGGAAGUGGGAACCUAUAGCAGAGAAGUCCGGGUCCGGGCAUCCGGGGCUAUCGGGUGUUCAGUUGCCGGUCGCAGGUCGCCAGGGUUCGAACGGUCGAGGGGUGGACCCUGCCUACGGUGUGUGUAAAGCGAGAUAACAAUAAAAGAAGACAGACAGACGACUCGGCAGAAGGAAAAAGAAGGAAAAAGGGAGAGUCGCAUCGCAGUGUGCGUGUGCCUGUAGAGAGUGACUAAGAAAACGGGUGGCAGUGCGACAUGACCACGUCGGAGCCAUAAGUGCUACAGCUUGGAUAUUUUUCGUGGGAUCGAUCGAAUAAAAAAAGUGGUUCAAUACCCGAGCUGUUCACGUCGAGACGCAUUAAAUCGUACGAUAUACAUUCUUCGCAUCUGAAUAAUAAUUCUCGAGUUUAUCUUUGUCUUUCUCUUACUCCUUACUCCCUCUCCCUUUCUCCGCCGAUCUUUUCAUCGUGUCCGUUUCUCUUUCUCUCAUUGCCCCUCUCUCUGUCUUUCUCUUUCACCCUAGUCCCCUCUCCUUGUCGUUUUACGUAUCUCUCUGCGUGUCGUUCCUCGUCGUGUGCGCGUUCCUGAAGGCACCGUGAUUGGACCUUCUCCGACACUGCGCUCGUGCAUCGCAAACGAGCGCGUCUCGGACAGCCUGGGACGCCGGGAAGCAAGCACAGGUACAGGUGCAGGUGCGGGUGCGUGUUGUAUGGUUGAUAGUGGGCGAACCGGAGACGCGCAAGAACCUGUAAUACGAAAAGGAAUCUGAAGAAGUACGGGUUGUGUGCAAGAAGUCGACGGUGAAGGUGUCGGUAACAGUUGUGGCAGAAUGGAUGGUAGCUCAGGUCCGCCGUCGGACGUGACGACGGCGAUGGGAACUGAGAACGACGAAGGGUCGAAGGUACGGGUAGACGCAAACGACACGAGCAUCUCUUCCUCCGGUACACCGUCGGGCACGUCCGCCACCACCGCGACGUCCUAUUCAACAAAGCAACCGGAGUAUUGCGGACAGGGCUUGAUAAGGGCCUCUUCUGCAUCACCUACGCUGCCUACGACCUCCUCGUCUUCGUCACCGUCGUUGUCCUCCGCCUCUUUCGUCUCCUUCUCCGCUUCCUCCUCCUCCUCCUCCUCCUCCUUGUCAUCGUCACCGCCGCUGCCGGGGUGUGGCUGCGUUGCCGCCACCGUCCUCGAGCCCGACGAAAUUACCAUCAGCAUCACGCCAACCACCGGUGGCCAGUUUGAUCUCACCGUGGACCGCACUGACACUAUCGAAAAUCUUAAGAAAAUUAUCUCGAAGAGACUGAAGGUCGCGAAAGAACGCAUGUGUUUACUACAUCGUGAAAGGCUACUACAAGAAGGAACUCUCAAGGAAAAUCGUUUACAAGAUGGCAGUCGACUCACAUUACUACCGAACGUGGAAACCGGCUUGUUGGCGCAGCGACCGGAACAGAGCGUGAUGCAAGCGUUAGAGAGUUUAAACGACUCCCAGGUGAACGACUUCCUCUCCGGAAAAGCACCCCUGAAUCUGACGAUGCGGCUUGGAGACGACAUGAUGCUGAUACAGCUGCAACUGUCGGCGGUAACGCAGGUCUCGCCUACCGCUAAUCAAACCACCGGAAAUAGUACCGGCUUGACCAUCGGCAGUUCCAACGGAUCGAACCUACCCUCUAGCCACGUCUCGACGUCGUUGCAGAGCAGACGGUCGACGCUUCUGACGGGUCGAUCGGCUAGCAAUGCUUCGACGAAGCUACAGAACGGAACUUCCGCUACCAGGACGUCGUCUCUGAUCAGCAGUCUGGUGUCGGCGAUGCACGCGGCUGCCAGCUUGGCGACAGCCACCACGACCACCAGUCCUGUUUGCUCUAGUAGAGCAACCACUGCCUCCUCGGUGUCUUCGUCCUCAUCUUCGUCCUCGUCAUCGUCCGCUUCUUACUCGGCUCAGUCAGUCAAUCCCACGCACUCGUCCUUCUGCGGCGGACAGUCGCAAACAGGCGGCCGCACUGGUAGCAAUCACGGCUCCGCAUCAGCCAACGGCAACACCGUCGCCUGUCAAUCCUGCCUUCUCUAUCAUCAUCACAACCACCAUCACCACAGUCACCAUCACCUCUAUCACCAUCAUCACCAUCAUCAUCACAGUAGGAACAAACCCGCUGCGACCAACCUGAACACCACCUCCCAGUCGUCCGUCACCUUGGACCACACGCAACAAUCUACCUCCGCCGGUCAAGGAUGCUCGGAUACGAUGCCCUAUGAGAUCACGCCGCCGAGGAAAAAACUCUGCACCGCUCACCACCAUAGCCAACAGUCCACCAGCACCACCGGCGACUCCUCGUCGAGGAGUAACGUGGACAAUGGAGAUUCGAGCCCGCAAAGCCCCACCUCCACCUCCUUACCCAAGCAGAGCAUGAAGGCCACGGUCCUCGACACCAGGGCGCUCGCAGAAGCGUCCCGCAACCUAACGCAGAGGCUGAAGCAACUCUCCUCUGAGGUACUCACCUCGCGGGUCGACCUCGCAGAGGAGAAUGCGAGACGCAGGCAUGGUAUAAUAAUUGAGAGUAUGCACCACCACGGAAAGAGCGUCUACUCGGGCACGUUCAGCGGAACCUUGAACCCGGCGCUUCAGGAUAGGCACGGACGUCCGAAACGAGACAUAAAUACUAUCAUUCACCUACUGAAUGACUUGCUGUGCGUGAAGCCAGGUACCACCGCGGGCUAUUACAGGCAUCACCAUAGGCAUAACAGCGGCCGCCAACAGUCCUCCUCAUCCCCGAGCUCCACUGGAACGGCAACCACUGUGAACGGUACUUCGACACCUAUCGGGUGUCACGACUCAUCCUCAUCCGGAUACUCCACCGAGGAGCUAUCGAAAGAAAACGAAGCGAUGAAAGGAAAGAUGAGACGCCUGCGUUUGGUGAUGGACGAACUACGUGCCAGGAAGAAAGCGAGACGUCAAGCGAAAGCAGCACCCUACACGACCCAAUGGUCAACGGUGACGCCCGAUCCAGAUCCAAACACCUCGAGUACUGCAACCACAAGUACAGCAGACCCGUCGAACGAGCCGGAGCUGCAACCCUGCAGCCCGGAGCCAGUUGUCGCUUAAGUCUAGUUUAUCUUCUUCGUCGUAAAUGCAAUGAGUUUGUUUGUUUGUUUGUUUCUCGUUCGUUCGUACGUUUUUUGUUAUCUAAUUGCACCAAUUUGUUUAAUCGACGGCAGACUCGACCAUUUUUGCGGCUGUUUCGUUUUCGCUUUGGAUACCGAUUACCUCGAGAAUCGAGCUGUUUUUCAUAUAUUGUUUAUACCGGGGCGGCACGCGCGGAACCAGCAAUAUUAUAUUCGAUAUAUAUAUGACAUCGAUUCCGGAAGUUUGUAUAAAUUUAUAUUUUUGUAGAAGUCGAGACUCAGCAAUUGUAGCAGUUGUUUGAAAGCAAUUGUAGCAGUGGUUCGCGCGUUUGUUAGCAUCUUGAUUUCCCUUGCUGAUGAAUUAUAUUUGAACUUUCCGGCGAAUGGUUUCAUGCUUGUCGCCACGGUAGUUUGUUACGGUCGUUUUAUAUAUUUGGAUUAUAUGCGAUGAAAAUAGGAAACGUCAUUCGUCGGAGUGGAGUAAUCAAUUUUAAGAGAAACGCUGAAGAGGUUGACACAGUUUGUACGACGAUGAGACACAUAUACCCUUUGGUUGGUCACGCAUACGCUUGGAUACGUUAGAUUGUAUAGUUCGCUAAAUGACACCUCCAGACUCAUGAAACCGAUGAAAUUUAGCAAUAUUAAACGCGACGGGAUCCGUGCAUGCCUAGGCACGAUUAUAAUUAUAGAAAUUUUAAUAUUAGCGGAAGCGAGACCGCACCGUUCGCGGUCCACUAUAUAGCGGAGAGUGCGAGGUCGUUAUGUAAAAGUGAUUGAACCCUAUUCGCGAGAACAGUGUUCGACUAUACUCAGGACUCGAUCGUAGCUGACAAUAAUUGCACUCGACGACCGGACACCGGUGCGACCACUAUUGUCCACUCUAUUCGAUCGUAGAGCAAAUAUGGCGAAACGCCAGUUAUUCUGAAUUGAAAGAAAAAUUAUACACACGUGAUCGUAGAAGAAUCGUUUGUCGAUAGAGAUAUCUCGAUAGAGGAGAGGAGGGUUGACAAAAUGGUAAAAGAAUGGAAACAGAGGAUCGUUGGUUCGGUUGGUGAAUCACGAUCCCGUCGGCAACUCAUCGGCAACUCAUCGGCGUAUAUAACACUGUCCGACAAAAUCAAACUUUUUUUUUCUGGGUUCGUAUAGCCACUAUGAAAUUCUUGUU